CUCUGUGCUAAGUUACCAGAGCCAGCCUCCCCUAAUGACGUGACGCUAAUUUCGGCCAUUUCCAUGUGCUUCACUCUCUCCUCUCUCCUCUCUCUCAGUUGCUCGCUACAAGUACACUCCGAUUCGGCGAUUCCCUCUCUCUGCGAAUUCAGUUGCAGAAAAUCAAGGGAGGUCCGAGAUCUCCACCUUCAAUUCCGCGGGAAGCUCUCUGUGUGGUUCAAUCUUCGCCAAUGAAGGCUGCCAGCAAAGCCGCGAACCAUUUCGUCACCUUCGAUCACAAGAGGGACGCAUAUGGAUUUGCUGUGAGACCUCAGCAUGUACAACGUUACCGAGAAUAUGCCAAUAUCUACAAGGAGGAAGAGGAGGAAAGAUCAGAAAAAUGGAAGUCUUUCCUGGACCGUCAAGCAGAGUCUGCUCAGUCACUUGUUAAUGAGUUAUCAGUGGAAGACAACAAAAAGACAUCACAUGUAGAAGUUGUCAAGGAAGAGAUAGAUUCUAGUAUAGAUGAGGACACUAAACGAGAAGAUCCAAACAGGCAGAAUUCAGGGUUUGAUGAUAGUAAUAUCCCUCAGAAUGCAAAUGGCUUGAAAAGUGAUGAUGUACCAUCAGAAAAGGAUACAAAGAUUCACAAGAUCCAGAUAUGGACUGAAAUUAGACCAUCACUUCGAGAAAUUGAAGCCAUGAUGAGUGUUCGUGUAAAGAAAAAGAAAGAUUUAUCAAAUAAUAAUAAUGACACUGGAACCAGAAAGUUGCUUACUACUAUAGAAGAGGCUAGAUCACCUCGUGGAGCCUCUGAGGAGGACUCUGAGGAUGAGUUUUAUGACGUGGAGAAGUCUGAUCCAGCACAGGAGGCUCCUUCAGGUGACAAUGUCAAUGGCCCUGUGGUAGGUAUACCUGCUAUUUUGUUGCCUGUUGAAUCUUCAUUUCCAUGGAGAGAGGAGUUGGAGGUCCUCGUGAGAGGUGGGGUGCCAAUGGCUCUUCGGGGUGAGCUUUGGCAGACUUUUGUGGGAGUUAGAGCGAGGAGGGUUGAAAAGUAUUACACAGAUCUCCUAGCCUCAGAUACAAAUUCUGAGAAUAACGUGGAAAAUCAUAGUCUUCAAUCAGACAGCAACAGCAAAGGGUCAUCUACAGACUCUGUAUGUACAACUGAGAAAUGGAAAGGGCAAAUUGAAAAGGAUUUGCCUCGCACUUUUCCUGGUCAUCCAGCUCUGGAUGUGGAUGGUAGAAAUGCAUUAAGGCGUUUGCUGACUGCAUAUGCUCGACAUAAUCCCUCUGUUGGAUAUUGUCAGGCCAUGAAUUUCUUUGCUGGCUUAUUGUUGCUUCUCAUGCCUGAAGAAAACGCUUUUUGGACCUUAAUGGGGAUUAUUGAUGACUACUUUGAUGGGUAUUACUCAGAGGAAAUGAUUGAAUCUCAAGUAGAUCAACUUGUAUUUGAGGAGUUGGUGCGUGAGAGAUUUCCUAAAAUGGUCAAUCAUCUAGAUUACCUCGGAGUGCAGGUGGCAUGGGUUACGGGGCCGUGGUUCCUAACCAUAUUUAUGAACAUGCUACCAUGGGAAAGUGUUCUUCGAGUUUGGGAUGUUCUUCUUUUUGAAGGAAACCGUGUCAUGCUUUUCAGAACAGCACUUGCACUGAUGGAGCUAUAUGGCCCUGCUUUGGUUACUACAAAGGACGCGGGAGAUGCUGUGACUUUGCUGCAGUCACUUGCUGGCUCAACAUUUGAUAGCAGUCAACUUGUAUUGACUGCUUGUAUGGGUUUCCAAAAUGUCAAUGAAGCUAGAUUAAGGGAGCUGAGAACUAAACAUAGACCUGCUGUAGUCACCACUAUUGAGGAAAGAUCCAAGGGGCUUCGAGCUUGGAAGAAUUCUCAGGGUUUAGCUUCUAAGCUUUACAGUUUUAAGCAUGAUUCAAAAUCAAUGAUGAUAGAAACAAAGAAUGGUUCACAAAUAAAUGGUGAUUUGUCGCGCUCGGAGUCUGGGUCCACCAAUGCUGAUGAUAUUCUUAUUUCAUUGACUGGGGAAGAUGAGGUUGAUUCUGUUCCUGAUCUUCAAGAGCAGGUAAUAUGGUUAAAGGUUGAAUUGUGUAAAUUGUUGGAGGAAAAGCGAUCUGCUAUUUUAAGAGCGGAGGAGCUGGAGACUGCUUUGAUGGAGAUGGUUAAGCAGGAUAAUCGUCGGCAGUUGAGUGCUAGGGUUGAACAAUUGGAACAAGAGGUUGCUGAGCUUCAGCAGGCUCUCGCUGAUAAACAGGAACAGGAAAAUGCAAUGCUUCAGGUCUUGAUGCGGGUGGAACAAGAGCAAAGACUAACUGAAGAUGCUCGAAGAUUUGCUGAGCAAGACUCUGCAGCACAAAGAUAUGCGGCUCAAAUGCUUCAGGAAAAGUAUGAACAAGCUACUACCGCACUUGCUGAAAUGGAGAAGAGAGCAGUUAUGGCAGAAUCAAUGCUGGAGGCAACUUUGCAGUACCAAUCUGGCCAACUCAAAGCACAGCCUUCUCCCCGGUCUGUGCAUUCUCCGCGAUCAUUGCCAUCAGACUCUUCAUUGCGUAGCAGUCAAGAAUCUGCGCAGGACUUCCCUAUGAGAAAAAUAGGCUUGCUCGGUCGACCAUUUGGGUUUGGCUGGCGUGAUAAAAACAAGGGAAAACCAUCCAAUGUGGAGGACCCAAACGAAGGAAGCAAGACAGUCGAAGAGGAAGCUUCCGUCCAGAAGAAAACCACUGAAGAAGAGGCACAGAAUCCAGGCGUUGAUCAGAUUCAGAAACACACCAACGGCAACGGACUCCUUGACAAGGAGUGAACUCUCAUCUAGAAAAAUGGUACUCGUAUCGUAUAUAUACAAAUUUCAAAUACACACCAUCUUGGAGUCACAUUUUCUUGUAUCUAUACCACCUCAAUCAAUAGUUUCUAAGAUUUGUUAAUCCUUUGUGUAUUAGCAUAGAAAUAUAUCUCAGGUAGAACCAAUUUUUUGGUUAAUUCUUUGUUUGUUUGGUUAUAUUAUUAGAUUACAUUACAGGAUAAUAAUGGUAUAAUCUUUGUAUUAAGAAACAUCUCAUGCCUUCCUCUCCAAGUACAGCUCCCAUUUAAUGGCUGGCCUUCUAGAGAAUUCCCUACUGAUUUCAUUUCAAAAUAGCAGGUCAGAGAAGUUAGGAGCAUAUAUUUUGCCUACAAAGACCACUAGGCUCUUAUCUUAGCCCUGUCUCUGCCCAUGUCAGUGAAUUAAAUUACACCAACUUUGUAAUAUAAAUAUAAUGUUGUUGUGA